GACACCUUGCCGAAGACGGUCCUCCACAGGUACUUUGAAGGCGGUCGACGUGGUCACAAGUGACAGGUGAACACGUGACUAACGUAACUAACGGGACUAACUUGACGGAAUGGACUGGCUGUUGACUGGGGGACCUUCUCGAGCGGGGGCUUAAGUUCUGCUGUGUCCCGUAGUGUCUUCCAUUCGAAUAGUACAUCCGGAUCCGGUGCCAGUUAAAGAAUGAAAAAGAAAAAAUUCACAUAACGUCUACGUUCGCAGCAAUGAUCAUAUAGCCGAGCUCAGGUGACGAUGCAGAAAUGUGAAAGUGCAUUGACCCUAUAUUGCAAUUUACUCAGCGAUUCCUUUUGUAACCGACUCAUACAGUUCUUCCCUGAUCAGAUGGUAUAUAGAGAUCCAACAGACAUCUUAUUCACUUCGGAAUUCAGCUGUGACUAAAAUAAAAUACGUCUUAUCCAUAUCAUUCGGGCAUUUCCAGUUACUGAGACGGCUCUACAGGUGAUUACGUGUUGGGACGAGUUGGUCUUGCUUGGAUGGAGUUGGGAUUGGUGGCUCUGACUCUGAUUGGUUCGCGAUGUAUAUGCCUGGCGGGGUUGUUGAAUGUUAGGUCAAAGGAGCGACACCUACAUCACGUACAUCCGUCAUUGCUCUAUCAUUGCAUCGAACAGCUCGACGAUGAAUUCAGUAGAGAGUCGCGGGUGCAAACAAUUACUAUGUUUGUUAAGUGGAGAAGACCUGGUGUCACUGAAAGACACGGUAGUGGGACGCCACAUCGCUGUGGACGACGACCCCAUGAUGGUGGCCUAUCGUGGGUACAGGGCUAAUUAAAGCUCGCUGUGCCCAGGCAGCAAUUAGCCGCCUCUGAUCGAUGGCGUCGCGCGCUUGCCGCGAGGAGGCGCCAGCAGGCCACAGCCUUGCUCGGGUACUUGUCUGUGUACAACACCCACAUCGCGUCCACCCGUUAGUGGCGUCCUGGAGCACGACGAUGACACCAGAAGAGAAGAGGGAGUGUAGAUGUCUGCUCCGCUUUUUAAGUGAUGAAGAUCUCGUGUCUUUGAAAGACACUGUAGUGGGACGAACAUUUCCCGUGAAAAACAGGCAGGAUAUGAUAAAAGUAAUCAUACGAUGCUCUUCAAGUGCAAAAGAACUACUUCAGCGCAGAAAAAUUCGAAGAGAAAUUCUUUUCCAAUAUCUUAUAUCUAAGUCUAUCCUUGUUCCAUCAACAACAGAGAAAUCUGUCUUCAUCAAAAAAGUACUGGCUCUCUGGAAAUCUCAGCAAUCAGUGUGCAGCAAGCCAAAGCCCCGUGCUUCUUACACCUGUAUGUCAGCACCUGCUUCACAGAGAUCAACAUCAGGAACAGCCACUGCUUCUAACACCUUUCUGGCAACACCUACCUCACAGAGAUCAACAUCAGGAACAGCCACUGCUUCUAACACCUUUCUGGCAACACCUACCUCACAGAGAUCAACAUCAGGAACAGCCACCGAUUCUUACACCUUUCUGGCAACACCUACCUCACAGAGAUCAACAUCAGGAACAGCCACCGAUUCUUACACCUUUCUGGCAACACCUACCUCACAGAGAUCAACAUCAGGAACAGCCUCUGCUUCUUACACCUUUCUGGAAACACCUACCUCACAGAGAUCAACAUCAGGAACAGCCUCUGCUUCUUACACCUUUCUGGAAACACCUACCUCACAGAGAUCAACAUCAGGAACAGCCUCUGCUUCUUACACCUUUCUGGAAACACCUACCUCACAGAGAUCAACAUCAGGAACAGCCUCUGCCUCUUACACCUUUCUGGAAACACCUACCUCACAGAGAUCAACAUCAGGAACAGCUACUGCUUCUAACCAGACACUACAACAAACCCCAGAAAGAAGUUCUAUCUAUGAGGACACAAAGACUACAAGAACUCUGAAGCCCAUUGCAUCUCACACCAGACUGGCAUCACCUGCUUCACAGCGUUCAACAUCAGGAACAACCACUACAUUCAACACACAUCUGGCAACAUCUACUUCAAGGCGCUCAGCAUCUGAAACAGCCACUGUUUUUACCCAGCCAUUGCAAGAUACCUAUCCAAGACGACCUUUCUAUGAAGACAGAAAAAAUGACAGAAUUGCAAAGCACCCUGCAUCAAUGACAGCCACUGUUUCCAUAACAGCCACUAUUUCAAACCAGCCGCUGCAGGAGACAUCUCCAAAAAUAAGUUGCUAUGAAUACCUACAGAAUCAAAGAAUUCCCAAGGUCACGGUAUCUAACACCACCUGUCUGGCGACAUCUGAUUUACAGAGACAGGUAUCACAAACAGCCAGUGUUUAUAACCAGCGCUUGAAAGAGACAAGUAUAAGAAAUUGCAAUGAAGACCACAAGAGUCUGGUUGUGAGUCAUUGCCAACCGAACCCAUUUAAAAAAGGCCUUGGCGAUUUCCAUAAAAAAACAGAGAAUGAAGUUAUGGGGGAAAGUUUUGUCAUCUGGUUUUACAAGCUCCUCAAUGCUGAAAAUCCAGCCAUGAAUGCCGUGGAUGAAGUAGACAAGUUUGGACCUCAACAUUUUUGGGAUAACUGCACUCUGAGGGUUGUCAGCAGAACAGAAAGUUUCUCAGAUGAAACAUUCACUGGUAGCAUGCUUGUCUCACAAAGACUGAAAGCUCUUGUCAGAGAGAAACACGUACUUUUGUUCAAUCCAAAUGUCAGCAAGGAAGGUGUUCAUACAGUCAAAAGUCCAUUUGGAAUCGUCAUGGUAAUGGUAUGUGGAACUAUUCAUCAACACAACACCUGUCUCGGCAGCUUUGAACAGGCUUUUGGUCUUGUCCGGGAAUCUUUCCAAUCCAAUAAAUGGAAAAUUCAGGUCACACACUUGCAUGUGGAGAGCUUCCAUGUAACCGCUGUUCCAAAAUUAAGAAAUUCCGUAGAACAGGACUUGCUCGUCAUUGCUAGUGAACAUGCCCUAUGCUUAUCUCGAGGCUAGAAAAUCUAGGCUUACUUAUGAAACUAAUCCUUGGUACUUGAAAAAUGAUAAUUUUCGGCAGAUUGCUCAUUAGCACCAUAGUCCUGUGUGAGCAGCUAGGUUCAUUAUGCCAAAGGAAGUAAAUUUCAUAAAAGAUUAUAUUUAUGCCACUUAGUUCGUCUUGUCUAAAAUCAGUCUCUACUACUUUCAGUACUUUGAAUGUUUGAGGAAUAUAGGUAGUUCCAUUUAGAAGUAUGCAUGCAUACUUACAUUUGCACAAGAUGAUGGCCAAGUCAGUUCUGAAGCCACAGAUAUUUAUGUAUGUACCGAUGUGUAAUGGUAAUUCCCACUAAACAAAAAUGUAACAUUUUGUUUAUUGUCGCUGGAUACAGAAAUUCCAAUAAAGCAAAUCACUUA